UUUGACGCGCCGCCGAAGGAUCAUCAACUACAUUUGAAGUACAACAAAAGCGCUGCUCGGUUAGCGUCUAACCAGGGUCACCAACAGCCGCCUUUCGCAGGUCGUACUUCUACGCGCGAUCGGAAGUUCAACGGCAACAACAUGAUGAAAAAGUACACGGAGGGCCAGCACGUCAUGGCUAAGAAGGACGAAGAAAGCGACCACGGGAGUAGCAGUGACAGUGGGUCGUGGGGGCUCGAAGGGCACGAAUCGGAGUCGGAAAGCGGCAACGACGUCGUCCCAACCCCCGCGCUAUGCAUUGCAAAUAUGUCUGGGUCUGGAAGGUUGCAACUUGUGAUGCUGUGUCUGGAUUCUAGAAAGAGUUGUAUUGCAUGACCAGCAAGAGGAGUCCAGUUUGUGCUACGCGGGGAGGGCAUUUGUCGUGCGGAAUAGGCAUCAGGAAGCCUUCUGGAAGUCUGUGAUGCUAGGCUCUGCAUUACAGGUGUCAUGGACCAUGCAAAACACGCAUGACAAACGUUGCAUUCUUCCAGACCCAGACAUAUUUGCAAUUGAUACGCGUCGGAGGUGAAAGGAGAUUUAUCGGAUGUUGACGAUGCAGCAGCUCCGGCUUUGCCGAAGAUGAACCAACAAGGACAGCAGCAACUUGAUGGCGGCGCGCCGGCAAGCUCGUCGUCCUCAGCUGCUGCUCCGGCUUUGACUGAGAACAGCGUCGCGAAACGACCACAGGCGAACAAAGGAGAGGACAGCAGUGGCGGGAAUGAUGAUGAAAACGAUGAGAACAACAAACAUGAUACUACUAACAACGGCGCUAGCGCGGGAGAGGGAACGGGCGAAAAGAACGGCGGGAAAGAUCAAGACACUAGUGGGGGUUCAGGCAUUGGAGGGGGUCAGGGAAGCAGUGGUGGCGGAAAAGAUGGUAGUAAUACGAGGAUAGUCGAAAAUAUUUUUUUGAUUUUGACAUCUUUCUGCAGCGGAACAGCCCCUGCCUCGUGCCACUGAUUUUGUUUUUAGCAUUAGGUUUUGCGCAGAAUGAAGCCUCAUGACAUCAAAACAUUCGCUUUACCUUACCAAUUCUACAGGUGGUGACGACGAGGAGGACGGCGAAGAUGAUAAAAAGGGAGGUAAAAAGAACACCAGCACCCCGGAAGUGGAACCAGAGGACGAUGAGGAGGACGAGUUACGAAUUUGUGAAAAAUUUUUAGAGCUGACACGACACGACGAUUAAUUUUUCACACCCCGAGGACAUGAAAAAUCCUCGACCGAAGCUGUAGCUGCACAAAGUUCGUAUGAUCCUGCAUGGUGCGCACAACCGCUAGCGGAGCAUUUCAUGUCUAGUAUGAAGUACAAGUGGAUUUUUAAUUCUUUUUUUGCAUCAUGAAGAGGACGCACCUUCUGCUCGCUCCUCACAUCGAAAAGACGGAUUUGUGAAGGUGGAAACCGUUAUGUUCUACAGCUCGACUCAUUUUUCGCACUUCAUAUUGUGAAGAAGAGCAAAAGAAAACAAAGAAGCCUAAGCUAGACAGCAGUGACAGUGGGUCCAAGAAGAUGAUGAAAAAGGCUGUGACGCAAGACAACGACGCAGCCCCAAUGGACGUGGACGAUGAUGUUGGGGGUACUAUGAUUGAGAACGAUGGAGGUAACAAAGCCCAAGAUGAAAACAGCCCGGAGAAUGAUGUUCUUGUCACCAACAAGAUGGAAACUACGGAUAUUAUUGACACGAACAAGUCGGCACCCCCUGCACCUGCUACGGCGAUUAAAUCUGGUGCUCUUUCUUCGAAAAAAACCACUCCGCCUGCGCCCGCUAGCGGACCGCCUUCUUCUGGGGACAAGAACGUGAAUAAUAAGACGAGCAGUGGCGAGAAAAAUAUGAUCAAAGACAAGAAGAACAAACCGGGGGCUCGUCCUGGUGCUGGAGCCAAUAAUAUGGUCAAAGCGAUGAAGACCUCCGCCGCUGCAGCAGGUCCCGCUGCAAAUAAAACCGGUAGUUCUGGUGGUCCUUCUUAUGCUGCGCAAAAGUAUCGUACUAGUAGAAAUCGCAUGACAAAUUCUUUCAGCAUGAGAAAUGGAAUUUGUAAUGCGGAUCUGCCAUAACAAAGGAAUCUGUAAUGCAUGAUUGCGAUUAGUACGGUACUUUUGCAGAGGAUACUUCUGCUGCGGAAACCAAGAAGAAAACCCCACCUUCGACCUCGACUGGGGGGUCGGGAAACGAAAUAUGCAUUGGAAAUAUGUCUGGGUCUGGAAGACUCUGAGCUUGUCACGCACGUUUUGCAUGAGCCAUGAUGUCUGUGAUGCAUGCCCUAGCGUCACAGAUUUUUUGCGGGCUUCAGCUUCUUGAUGCCUCUUCCGCAUGACAAAUGCUUUCUCUGCGUAGCAAAAAUUGCAUUCCCUUUGCUGCUCAUGCAAUACAGACUUUUUUGGAAUCCAAAUGCAGCAUCACAAGUUCCGUCCUCCCAGACCCAGACAUAUUUGCACUCCAUACGAAAAGAAGGCGGGCAAGAACGCGGUCGGGAUCAAAAAACAGCAAACCAACGGCGCUGUGAAAAAAGUAAAUGCUGGAGGUAAAAAUGGGAACAAGACCACUGCUGCUGCUGCUGCUGCGACUUCUUCUGGACCACAGGUCGUGGAGCUGCCCGCGGCUACUGCAACUGGUGCGAAGAAGAAAAUCAGUCCGACAGGUGGAGGUGAGAAAGACAAGAACGUCACUGGGUCGAAGACUGAGGGAGAAAUGAAAAAUUCGGGUAAGAACAAAAAUUACCCGAAAGAGCAAAGUGUUGCUGCUGCACCGCCUCCUGGUGGUGAAAAUACACAGCAAAAGGUGAAAGAGAACAAGCAAGGUGUAGCUCCAAAGAAUAAGCAAGUCAUGCCUGGCACAGCGAUUGCUGCAGAAAAGAAGCAAGGAUCAAAGAAGACGGUCGCGGGUACUGCGCUGAAGGAAAAGAAUAACGACAACAAAAAACUUCUCGCUGCGGCAGGAGGUGCAGUUAAGAGUAAUGCGAAGAUUGGUGCGGUCGCUGG